AUGUCGAACCCUGCCCGCAGCGACGAACCAAAGUCCAAAAAACCCACCAACAGGCAGUUGCGGUCAUGUCGAGUUUGCCGUCUACGAAAAGUCAAGUGCGAUCGGGUCAAACCAUGCCAUGCCUGUUGUGCCCACGGACAUCCGUCAAGAUGCGUGUACGAUCUGUUGCCUGGAGAUGAAGAGGCACAGCCGAUUUCGCAAGCCGAAGAGAUUCGGAAUUUGCGCAAUGAGAUUAAAGACUUGCGAACCCGAAUAAGUUCACAAGGGGAUAAUAAAUCUAGAUCUCGGAAGUUAGAGGAACUGGAGAAACUGUUUGAUGCAAUCAGAUCGGCGCCAGUCGAAAUAGUUGAUAACCUUGUUGGCAAUAUUCGUGGUGACCGACUGAGAAUUUCCCCAGGGCAUGAUGGUAAUGAUACGCGCAGCAGUAGUGGCAGCAGCAGCAGCAGUAGUGCGAGCACUAUCAGUAUUGACGAAGAUUGGUGUGGCCCAUUAUCUCGAUUCGUUUCAGCAAAGCCUAUGGUGGACGGAUGCGUCCAAAGAUUCGUUGACGCUUUUAGUCCGGAGGUCGAUGCCAGCUCCGGACAUGCUGGAGCAAUUCGAGCGGCGGCAGAUAUUCGAAUGUUUUCGCCCAUGAUAUCAAAUGCUUUCGAGGCCGUCUCGCUAACUUUUUUUGGUCGGAGUGUGCAGGAUCCCGGCGUGGAAGCCGCUGGGAUGAAGCUGUAUCCAAAAGUUCUGCGAUCUUUACAGGAUGCCCUGCUGGACCCUGAACGGAGCCGUUCAGAAGCAACUCUAAUCACAGUCACAUUACUCUUAGCGUUUGAGAGUAUUGAACGAACAUCAAACGAGGGUGUUACUGCCCAUGUAAAGGGAGCGGCACGAUUGAUACAGCACCGAGGGCCAGAAAACCAUAUGUAUGGAGUUGAGCACUUGUUAUUCUGUGAACUGCGACCAUAUUGGACUGGUGUUGACAUUAUCGACCGCAAACCGAGUUUCAUGGCCGAGGAAGCGUGGAAAACCGUUCCCUGGUCUCAGGCUACGACGUCGAAAGACUUAUUGCAUUAUCUGCUUGACCUUGUGGUUGAGAUUCCGGGCUUGUUGUGGCAAUAUGACGAGCUGAUGGCCGCUCAAGAAACGCAACACCUUGGAAAAGGCGAACUCCGUGUGAAACGUACUAAGCUAUGGAAUUCAGUGACCGACCUGACGUCCCGUUUUGAACAAUGGAAGAAGGAUUAUGUUGAUUGCUACCCAAGUGGAGCUCCCCAGGAGACAACUGAACCGCAAGGGCCUGACCCUUUCCCUGUUUUUCAAUGCCACGACCUACGAACGAUGCAAGUAAUUAAGCCGCCAAGCCUUAUAUACCCGGAUCUGAGGCUGUUACAGUCAAUGUGUAUUUAUAGUUCCAGUCGGUUAAUCCUUUCAACAAUUGACGAUCGACCGGAAGAUGCGGUAACGAUGGUGGAAAAAUAUCAGUUAGCGUGUGACAUUGCACGCAGUCUUGAGUGCUAUAUCCGCCGGGCGCCAGGAAAUAUGAUUAAUAGGCUGGCUUUUGCAGUACGUGUAGCAUGGGAAGCGUUUCCGCCUGGCGAUGUGGAGCGCCACUUCAUGAUCCAGGUGUUUGAACUCGUUGAGAAGCGUCACGCUUUGCGUUUGUGGGGUAGCUCAAUGCCGGAGUUGAGCGCGCGUACUCCUGGUUUCACGCCCUGA